CGUGUCCUUUUCGGGGUGAGUGCCUUAGGAUUCAUCUCUCUGUGCCAUCACCUCUUUGCUUUCCUCAAAUGGCUCUACAAGAUGUUCAUUCGAAAACCGAAGGAUUUACGAGACUAUGGCUCAUGGGCGAUGAUUACCGGCUCCACCAACGGCAUCGGCAGGGCCCUAGCAUUUGAGCUCGCCUCCAAGGGCCUCAACUUAGUAUGUGUGGGCCGAAACCCGACCAAACUUGAAUCAACUGCAGCUGAGAUUCACCAUAAGUUUGGCGAAAGGAUCAUGAUCCGAAACAUAACCCUGGACUUCGUCAAGUCAGGUCCCAAUGAGAUAUCAUCUGCAAUAGACCAUGGGAUCCAAGGGCUUGACAUUGGGUUGCUAGUUAACAACGUGGGAAUCGCACAUGCUUACCCGAGAUUCUUUCAUGAAAUCGAACAAGAGCUUCUGGAGACCAUGAUAAGAGAGAACGUUGAAGCCGUGAUAUGGGUGACUAGGGCAGUGAUUUCCGAGAUGAUGAAGAAGAAGAAAGGCGCCAUAGUGAAUAUUGGAUCCGGUUCAUCUGUUACGGUCUCUUCAUACCCUCUCUUCACGCUCUAUGCCGCUUCUAAAGCUUUCAUGGCAACCUUCUCAAGAUCCAUUGACUUAGAGUACCAAAACUAUGGAAUAGACGUCCAGUGUCAGGUAUAAUCCCCCAUGCUAUCUACAUGCAUAUAGUCGAUUCAUCAUUAAAUAACCUCGGAAGAAUCUCAUAUCCAUCCCUGCAUUUUCUUACUUAUAUAUGCCUGCAUUUCUUUAGGCACCAUUGUUCGUCAGGACCAAUAUGACGGGGUUGAGGACCAACAUCUUCAUCGUGCCCGCGGAUGUGUUCAGCAGAUGGAGCGUGAGGUGGAUGGGCUACGACUCCCUCUGCUGCCCAUUCUGGUGGCACUCCGUGCAGGAUUACAUCAUGCGAUCCCUGGACGCCCUCACCGUCAGGUCCUUCUUCAGAUCCUUUCUCAAUAUGCACCGGGAAGCACUAGAGGCGAAUGGGGGAUACCAAUCCCACCUUUGAUAAUCAGUAAAACAGAGAUGUGCUCUUGAAAUUCUCAAGCCUCAUGGCUAUAUAAUAUAUAUAUAUAUAUAUAUAUAUGGUGAUAUAGUUCAUGUUCUCCACUAACUGGAACAUGGUUUGGCUUGCGUGGGCCUUUACUAUUUGAAAAGGCGUAUAUAAAUGCUUCUGUAGACCGAAAAUUUGCAACAUAUGUAAGCAU